GACCCACGGACCAUCUUACCACCUCCCCAGGUUGAGUCACGACCAUACCUUGGGGUUGGCCUGCUUCUCAUUGACCUCUGGAUUUGUCUGCCAUUGAGACGUUUGCAUCCAGAGCUCGCCCCGGAUUCUUCACAUUUCAAACAAGAUCAACACCCACCACCAAAUGUCUUCCUCCACCUGGGAGCCCUCAACAUGGCGCUCCAAGCCCAUCAAGCAGGCGCCGUCCUACCCUGACCCCAACAAGGUCACGGCCGCCUGCGACGAGCUCACCCGCUUGCCGCCCAUUGUCCACCCGGCCGAGAUCCAGCGUCUCAAGGCGUCCCUGCGCGACGUGGCCGCCGGCAACGCCUUCCUGCUCCAGGGCGGCGACUGCGCCGAGCUCUUCUCCUACUGCGAGCAGUCGGCCAUUGAGUCCAAGAUCAAGCUCCUCCUGCAGAUGAGCCUCGUCCUCAUCUGGGGCACGGGCAAGCGCAUCGUCCGCAUCGGUCGUAUGGCCGGCCAGUACGCCAAGCCGCGCUCCAGUCCCAUGGAGACGGUCAAUGGCAGGGAGAUCCCCAGCUUCCGCGGCGACAUUCUCAACGGCUUCCACGAGGACGAGCGCGAGCUCGACCCGCGGCGGCUCGUGCAGGCCUACCACCACUCGGCCGCGACGCUCAACUUCAUCCGCUCCAGCCUGUCGUCGGGCAUUGCCGACCUGCACCGCCCUCUGGACUGGGGCCUGGGCCACGUGCAGGAUCCCGCGCUCAAGGAGAAGUACAGCGCCAUCGCGACAAGCAUACAGCAGACGCUGCGCUUCCUGCAGGUCAUCAACUCGCGCCAGACGGGCCUCGAGACCGUUGAGCUCUUCACCAGCCACGAGGGUCUCCUGCUAGAGUACGAGCAGGCCCUCACCCGGCUGCUGGAGAAGCCUGCCACGCUCACGUCGCCCGAGACGGGGGGCGCCGCCUCGCCGACGGCUGAGGCCCCCGCUGCCGCUCCGCAGCCCAGGAAAGAGUACUACGACACGUCGGCGCACUUUAUCUGGAUCGGCGACCGCACCAGGCAGAUUGACCACGCCCACGUCGAGUUCUUCCGCGGCAUCGCCAACCCAAUCGGCGUCAAGGUCGGCCCCUCCACGCCGCUCGAGGACAUUCUCGACCUCCUGCGCACGCUGAACCCAGACCGGGAGCCGGGCAAGGUCACGCUCAUCACGCGCUACGGCGCCGCCAAGGUCCGCGACCUGCUGCCCCGGCACAUCCGCGCCGUCGAGGACUCGGAGUACAAGGGCUGCGUCGUCUGGCAGUGCGACCCCAUGCACGGCAACACGGUCAGCACGCCCGCCGGCAUCAAGACGAGAAAGUUCAACGACAUUUACCGCGAGCUGCAGGAGACCCUGAAAAUUCACAAGGAGCAGGGCAGCUACCUGGGCGGCGUGCACCUGGAGCUCACCGGCGACGCCGUGACCGAGUGUCUGGGCGGGAGCGAGGGUCUGGGCGAGGACGACCUCUCGACCAACUACACGUCGUUCUGUGACCCGAGGCUGAACGAGAAGCAGGCCCUGGAGUUAGCCUUUUUGAUUGCGGACCACCUAUCGCAGGAGGGGAAAGGGAUUGCCGUUGUGUGAACGGUGUUUGGAUAACAAAAAAAAAGUCAAAGCAAGAUAGGGGUGUACGGUUGCGAUGCAAAUUUCUGUGCAGCUACCCAAGAUCUACCUGUGACUGCCUUUGCCUCUUCAUUACAUGCGUGCAUGAUCCCGUCCUUCCCUUUCUACACCAGGUAGAUGGUCUGGGCGGCCUCAAAGGCAUCGCCCUUCUCCAACGUCUGCCACUUGCUCACGCUCCCGGGCUCGACGCACAGCAUUUUCUUCCAGCCGUCCUUGGGUUCAAA